AUGACCGAACCCACCAAGAUCAGCAUCUUGGGUCGGGAGAGCAUCGUCGCUGAUUUCGGCCUGUGGCGCAACUACGUCGCAAAGGACUUGAUCAGCGGCUUGCCCUCGACCACCUAUGUCCUAAUCACUGAUACAAACCUCGGAUCCAUCUAUACGCCGAGUUUCCAAAAGACCUUCGAAGCCGCCGCUGCCUCAGUUUCACCUGACCCGCGCUUGCUCGUCUACAAUGCCCCACCCGGAGAGAGUUCCAAGUCCCGACACACCAAGGCCGAUAUUGAAGAUUGGAUGCUGAGCCAGAACCCGCCAUGUGGCCGAGAUACCGUGGUCAUUGCACUGGGCGGUGGUGUGAUUGGUGACCUGACUGGCUUCAUUGCGGCCACCUACAUGCGCGGUGUUCGUUAUGUGCAGGUCCCCACCACUCUGCUCGCCAUGGUGGAUUCCUCAAUUGGAGGCAAGACUGCCAUUGACACCCCUCUCGGCAAGAACUUGAUUGGUGCUAUUUGGCAACCGUCAAGGAUCUACAUUGAUCUCGAGUUCCUGGAGACACUACCCGUACGAGAGUUCAUUAACGGCAUGGCCGAGGUCAUUAAGACUGCUGCCAUUUCAAGCGAGGAGGAGUUCACUGCGCUAGAAGAUAAUGCCGAUAUAAUUCUCAAGGCGGCGCGCAGUGAGGCUAAGCCCGGCCAGGGCCGUUUCGAUGGUAUUCGCGAUAUCUUGAAGGCCCGAAUUCUGGCCUCUGCUCGUCACAAGGCCUUUGUUGUCUCCGCAGACGAACGUGAGGGUGGUCUCCGUAACCUCCUCAACUGGGGACACUCUAUCGGCCAUGCCAUUGAGGCAAUUCUGACUCCUCAAAUUCUCCACGGAGAGUGCGUUGCUAUUGGUAUGGUCAAGGAAGCUGAGCUUGCUCGUCACCUUGGCGUUCUGAAGGGUGUUGCCGUUGCUCGUAUUGUCAAGUGUAUUUCUGCCUAUGGCCUACCCACAUCUAUGAAGGACUCACGGGUACGAAAGCUCACUGCUGACAAGCAUUGCUCUGUGGACCAGCUUCUGUUCAACAUGGCGCUGGACAAGAAGAACGACGGCCCGAAGAAGAAGGUUGUCCUUCUGUCCGCUAUUGGACGCACCUACGAGCCCAAGGCUAGCGUUGUGUCUAAUGAAGAUAUUGGUGUUGUUCUGGCUCCCAGCAUUGAGGUGCAACCUGGUGUCCCAAAGACUCUGAAUGUAACAUGCACACCCCCGGGAUCCAAGAGUGUCUCCAACCGCGCUCUUGUCCUUGCUGCGCUUGGCUCGGGCACCUGCCGUAUCAAGAAUCUCCUGCACUCCGAUGACACUGAGGUCAUGUUGAAUGCUCUGGAGAAGCUUGGAGCUGCCACUUUCUCGUGGGAGGAGGAGGGUGAAGUCCUUGUCGUGAACGGCAAGGGUGGAAAGAUCACCGCCAGUCCCUCAUCCCUGUACCUGGGCAAUGCUGGAACUGCCUCCCGUUUCUUAACUACCGUUGCUACGCUUGCUAACCCAAGCACCGUCAACGAGAGCAUCCUGACCGGCAACAACCGUAUGAAGCAAAGGCCCAUUGGUGACCUUGUCGAUGCUCUGACCGUGAACGGCGCUGGCAUAGAGUACAUGGAGCGCAAGGGCAGUCUGCCCCUCAAGAUCGCGGCCUCUGGUGGCUUUGCCGGCGGCAGCAUCAACCUGGCUGCUAAGGUUUCUUCCCAGUAUGUAUCCUCGCUGCUGAUGUGUGCUCCCUACGCCAAGGAGCCCGUGACUCUGCGACUGGUCGGUGGCAAGCCCAUCUCUCAGCCGUACAUCGACAUGACGACCGCCAUGAUGAGAUCUUUCGGCAUCGACGUCAAGAAGUCCACCACCGAGGAACACACCUACCACAUUCCUCAGGGCCACUAUGUCAACCCCGCUGAGUACGUUGUUGAGAGCGAUGCCUCCUCUGCUACUUACCCUCUAGCCAUCGCUGCUCUCACCGGCACCACCUGCACAGUCCCCAACAUCGGCUCCAAGUCGUUGCAGGGUGAUGCUCGAUUCGCUGUUGAGGUGCUCAGGCCCAUGGGCUGCACUGUUGAGCAGUCGGAUUACUCUACCACUGUCACUGGACCUGCCAGUGGCAUUCUCCGACCCCUCCCAAACGUGGACAUGGAGCCAAUGACCGAUGCUUUCCUCGGUGCCUCCGUCCUUGCUGCUGUUGCUCGUGGCGAGGGCUCGAACCACACUACCCGCAUUUACGGCAUUGCCAACCAGCGUGUCAAGGAGUGCAACCGUAUCAAGGCCAUGAAGGAUGAGCUUGCCAAGUUCGGCGUUGUCUGCCGUGAGCAUGAGGACGGUUUGGAGAUUGAUGGUAUUGACCGGUCCACCCUUCGUCAGCCCGCAGGUGGUAUUUACUGCUAUGAUGACCACCGCGUCGCCUUCAGUUUCAGCAUUCUGUCGCUCGUAACUCCCAAGUCUACCCUCAUUCUGGAGAAGGAGUGCGUUGGUAAGACCUGGCCCGGCUGGUGGGACACUCAGAAGCAGCUCUUCGGUGUCAAACUCGAGGGCAAGGAGCUUAAGGAGGAAGAACUGGCUGCCUCUGGUCGUGAGGAGCGUGUUAGUGCUUCCGUCUUCAUCAUCGGUAUGCGCGGUGCCGGUAAGACCACCUCCGGUAACUGGGUCGCUAAGAGCCUUGACCGGCCCUUCAUCGACCUUGAUACCGAGUUGGAGAAGAUCGAAGGCUCCACCAUCCCUGACAUCAUCAAGGAGCGUGGUUGGGAGGGUUUCCGUGAUGCAGAGUUGGCUCUGCUCCAGCGGACAAUGAAAGACCGACCCACCGGGUAUGUCUUUGCCUGCGGUGGUGGCAUUGUUGAAAUUCCCGAGGCACGCAAGUUGCUUGCCGAUUAUCACAAGAACAAGGGCAAUGUGCUUCUUAUCAAUCGCGAUAUUAAGCAGGUCAUGGAAUUCCUGCAGAUUGACAAGACCCGUCCAGCAUACGUUGAGGAUAUGAUGGGCGUGUGGUUGCGUCGCAAGCCUUGGUUCCAGGAGUGCAGCAACAUCCAGUACUACAGCCAGCACUCGAACACGACGGAGCUUGCUCUGGCCUCGGAGGACUUUGAGCGUUUCAUGCAGGUCGUGACUGGCCGGAAAGACAACCUCUGUGAGAUCAAGAAAAAGAAGCACUCCUUCUUUGUCUCGCUGACUCUGCCCAAUCUCCGCGACUGCGGUGAUCUCUUGCACCAGAUUUGCGUGGGAUCUGAUGCCGUGGAACUGCGCGUUGAUCUGCUCAAGGACACCGCCUCAGGAAGUGACAUUCCCUCCGUCGACUUUGUCGCCGAGCAGAUGUCUUUCCUUCGCCGCCGUGUUUCGCUUCCCAUUAUAUUCACCAUCCGGACGAAGAGCCAAGGUGGUCGCUUCCCUGACGACGCUCACGAGGCUGCCUUGGCCUUGUACCGCUUGGCAUUCCGUUCGGGCUGCGAAUUCGUGGAUCUCGAGAUCGCUUUCCCGGAUGAGAUGCUCCGUACCGUUGUCGAGAUGAAGGGUCACUCCAAGAUCAUCGCUUCGCACCACGACCCAGAAGGCAAGCUUUCCUGGGCUAACAUGUCCUGGAUCCCAUCUUACAACCGUGCUCUGGAGUACGGCGAUAUCAUCAAGCUUGUCGGCGUUGCUAACAACCUCGACGACAACACUGCUCUGCGGAAGUUCAAGAACUGGGCCGCGGAGGCGCACAAUGUGCCGUUGAUCGCCAUCAACAUGGGUGACCAGGGCCAGCUCAGCCGCAUUCUGAACGGCUUUAUGACCCCCGUCUCCCAUCCGAGCCUUCCCUUCAAGGCCGCCCCUGGUCAGCUGUCUGCAACCGAGAUCCGCCGCGGUCUCGCCUUGAUGGGUGAGAUUAAGUCCAAGAAGUUUGCCAUCUUCGGAUCGCCCGUCUCUGGCUCCCGAUCUCCUGCACUCCACAACACCCUCUUCGCGGAGGCAGGUCUUCCUCACGAGUACGGCCGUCUGGAGACCACCAACGUUGAGGAUGUCAAGGAUUUCAUCCAUGCUCCCGACUUUGGCGGUGCCUCCGUCACCAUUCCUCUGAAGCUGGACAUCAUGCCGCUUCUCGACGAGGUCGCCAAGGAGGCCGAGAUCAUCGGUGCCGUCAACACCAUCGUCCCCGUCCCCAACGGUGACAAGCCUCAGCGUCUCAUCGGCUAUAACACCGACUGGCAGGGCAUGGUCCAGGUUCUCCGCAACGCUGGAGUCUACGGUUCCACUGGCACUGAAAGCGCCGUGGUGAUCGGUGGCGGCGGUACUGCCCGCGCUGCUAUCUACGCCCUCCACCAGAUGGGCUUCUCCCCCAUCUACGUGGUUGGCCGCACCGCCAGCAAGCUUGAAGGCAUGGUCGCCACCUUCCCCACCAGCUACAACAUUCGCGUUGUCGACAACCACGAGCAGCUGGAGACCGUGCCCCAGGUUGCUGUCGGUACUAUCCCCGCCGAUCGGCCCAUCGACCCUGCCAUGCGCGAGACCCUCUGCCACAUGUUCGAGCGUGCCCAGACUGCUGACGGUACUCUGGUCGGCAAGUCUGUUGCAGAUAAGUCGCCUCGUAUCCUCCUGGAGAUGGCAUACAAGCCUGCAGUGACUGCGCUGAUGCAACUGGCCUCCGACUCGGGCUGGAAGACCAUCCCCGGUCUGGAGGUUCUUGUUGGUCAGGGCGUGAAUCAGUUCAUCCACUGGACUGGUAUCGUCCCUCUGUACCACGUUGCCAGGGAUGCUGUCAUGGGCACCGAGUCUGCAUGAUCGGUUGCCUUCUUUAUUCUUGUUGAUUUCAAAAUAUGGUCUUCUUAUCUCAGUGUCCAUCCCAAAAGGAAUGAGAAAAGUAUUUAUGUUUGACUUUCAUAGGCUUUACGUUUGAAUGUGUGGAAAUUUUCGUUUAUAUAUACUCUCUGGAUAAGCUGCGUGAAAUCAUUUUCGUUCUAUCUUCAAUCACCG